UCCCAGAUCUUCUUGCAAUUUGCCAAGACAUUUCUACAACAAAAGAACCCCACAAGAAGAAUGAAAGCAGGAAAUGUCUACGUUAAAACACAGAUAUGAUAGUAUCCAUUGACAAACUGAGCGAAUCGACAUAUAUCUAUCAGAAUCUUCCCGAUCACACCUUGGAUAAAAUCAGCACCCUUUGUCCUCUAGACAAUGGACGACACCACACAUCUGCCUCCUCGAGCAAGGCCAAUACCAAUACGCUUGGGACUCUGGACCAACUUCCUCUGGAGCUCCUUCAUAUGACACUCGCUCAGCUCGAAAUCCAAUCACUCACUGACUUCCGACGCGUCAAUCGACGCGCCAUGCUCAUUGUUGAUUCUAUUCCCGAAUACGCACAAAUUAUCGCACACGUGCCCAUAUCGAUCCGAGCGAUCCUCAGUAUCGGCAGUGGAAGCUGGAUCUCAUGUCAAGACUUAUACCAGAAGCUCUGCACCGCUGAAUGCGACAUCUGCGGUGACUUUGGAGGAUAUCUCUACCUGAUUACGUGCCGCCGCGUUUGCUAUCUCUGCUUCGCUUGGGAGCGGGACUAUCUCCCACUCUUACGUACGGAUGUGCUCCGCAAAUUUGGACUCCGGAACGAGCAUCUCGCAGGAUUGCCGUCCAUGAGGAGUCUUCCAGGGGUAUACUCACCCCGCGAGAUCAAGUCCCGCGCGCGUAUCACGUUGAUUGAUCACAGCACCGCGCGACAGGCAGGCAUAGCGCUUCACGGCACGGAGAGUGCAAUGGAGCAGUAUGCUUCGAACAUGGCGUCAAAAAGGCUGGAAAAAUACCAGUCGCGAAAAUCGCUGCAUGAGUUGGCAGGACGAGUUGCAGGGCCAACUCCGCGCCGACCGAGGUCUGAAGAUGCGUUCGAUGGGGUAGAUUCUAAUCCGAAGCGCUUCAUGGCUAUCAUCUGUGCGCCAUUCUUAGAUCGCCGGAGACAUGGACCAUCUACGUGUAUUGAGUGGGGUUUCCAGUGUUUGGCUUGCAAACCGCUUCAUUAUCAUAAACCGUUCCAUUGGCGUCGCAAGUUCACAGAAGAGAGUUUCCAAACCCAUCUCAGAGAGUGCGGUGAGAUUAUGGACGGAAAGCAUAAGCAAGGAGUAAAUUGACUAGAUUGAAACAUUGGAAAUAUCACACAGGUGACUGCUAGCUCGCAUACAACAAGACAAUAUUGAAACUGGUGAUAGUGUUAUAAGGAAGACUGGUUCCAUUCUUCACUCAUCUCCUG